CGCGAAACACACCCAAAACUUCGCAAUGACUAUCGCAAUCGCAAGUCAAAGCCCAUCAAUCAAUAAUCAUCGCAACCCGUAACAAUUCUACUCAAAGAUUGAAACUUUUUCCUUGCUGUGAUAUCCAUUCAGGAUUCUCCCGCAGCCAGCGCGAAGGAAGACGAUGAUGGCCCGCAGUGAUUUUUUCCUUCUCAGUGUUUGAGGUGCUUGUCUUUUGUUGUCGGCGGAGGAAAAGCUGUAUGAAUGAGAAAUCCGCCCAGUCUUCUCUCGCUUACAAUUGAUUCUGCCCUCGGAAACCUCUCUCGUAUUUCCGAUCUCUCAUUUCUGCCGGAGCACAUUCUUCUCGAGCUCUUCGUGAUUAUUGUCACACAGCUUGCUGCGCUCUGUAUCUUUCUUAAAGUUAUGUCAUUAGAAUUCGAUAUUGGUGUGUGUCUGUCUGUUGGUGAGGUCCAAGCAAGACCAUCCUAUGCUAUUUCCGGGAGGACACUAAAAGCAGGAAAACUGAAUGAAAAAAUUCUGAAGUUGUUUCUGGCAACCGGCAAGGAAGAAAUCCUUUCUGUAAUCAAGGCUUUUAACAUCCGACACGAGUUGCUUCCUGUUCUUCCUACUCGAUGCUCUGAGAAGUUCUGAUGCACAGCAGCUACAAGUGGAAACUUUACAAAGGCAGAUGACAUGAUUCUCUUGUGGUUCUCUGAUUUAUUAGCGGAAUCUCCACAUCAUUCUUGGAAGGUGGAGGCCGGAGUCCCUGAAGAUUCUGGAAGAAAUAUAACUUAUUGAUGAUACAAAUUAGGUAUCAAUCUUCACAUGGGAUAAAGAGAAGUGUACAUUAUUUGUCUAGAUGAAGGCUGUGGCUUUGUAGAAUUCUCAUGGGGUAUUAACUAAUAAUAGUACCAAAUUCACGAGUACAACUAUCGGCUAUGCCUUGUUCUCUUUGAUACUCUUAUAUAAUCCUCUGUGAGAGGGAGCAUAAUUUUUAUAAGAUUUUCCAUUUAUCCUGUGA